AGGAAGGCAAAAAUAAAAUUCUAAACCGAGUCAAUGCAGAGUUUACAAAACAGUCAGAAUCUUUAGUAAGACGCGACAUCUGGUAUAAAUUUGAUGGGAAAAAAACCCCCGCAAUCCCAUCCCCAUACCGGUGCGCAUCCCCCGCAGGGGGGGGGGGGGGAUAUCGAUAAUCAAUCGAUCGCUGAUCGAUCAGUCCGCGGCUCGCAGCGAACAGCCACCGCGUUUAAAACAAAAAAAAAAUCAAACAAACAAACAAAACUGAGCUGAGAAACCCACAGAAAACACGCGUGGAACAAAACCAUUCUCGAUAUUCAUUACUAAACAAACAAACAAACAAACAAACAAACAAACAAACAACAACAAACACGAACCUCCGCCGCCUUUCCUCGCGGUCCCUCCAGCGACUCUGCACCGUCGAAAUCUUCGUUCCGGACUAUUUUUUUUUUAUCUUUGGUUCCUACCUCCAAGCAUAUUGAUAAUAAUAAUAAUAAUAUAAUAAUAAUAAUAAUAAUAAUAAUAAUAAUAAUAAUAACCCUCUGAGAUGAGACCAUGCAAAUCCAGUGGAAAUGUUUUGUUUUGUUUUUUUUAUAAGGGAGCGUUUCAAUACAGUAAACGAAACCGAAACCUAAGCGAAUUUCCACGAAGCGAAAUGAAAUAGAAACAAGGGAGGGACAGAGGAGAGAAAGAAUGAACGAGAGAAAGUGAUCGUUCAGAAUCAGCUUCAUUGUAACAAAACCCGCUCCGGCUCCCGUCGAUUAUAAUCGAAUCUGCCGAGUCCUGACGAAGAUCAUUCGAGUCGCUUCGGACUGAGAUUCAGAAUGGCUUCUCCAAAGCCUCUCAUCAUGCCCUGGUUGGUCACGCAGAUAGACAGUGGGCGGUACCCGGGCCUGUGCUGGACCAAUGAGGAGAGGACAGAGUUCCGCAUCCCGUGGAAACACGGACUGAGACAGGAUCUCUGCCCGGAGGAUAAAGAUGAGAGAGAAGAGAGAGAGAGAGAGAGUGAGAGAGAAGAGAGAGAGAGAGAGAGAGAAAGAAAGAAAGAGAGGGUUUUUGUGACACUAGAAGCCCUGUUAAAGAUGUUUUAUAUUUUUAUCAAUGGACAGGUGACUCUGGAUGAAAUCUUAAGAGAACUUAACCUGCAGGAAGGAGUCUCUGCAGAUCCCUGUCACGCCGACAGCGCCCCCCGUGGCGCGGAGGGGGUAUUGCAGUUCCAGUGCAGCCCUGUGCAGUAUGAGAAUCUCUCCCCGGCAGCUCACAGCGACGGCGACAGCGCCCCCUUCGGCGCGGAGGCUGCAGGGCAGGUUCAUGAUCCGAUGCAGUACGGGAAUCUCUCUCUCCCGGCAGCCCAGAGCGACAGCGCCCCCCGUGGCGCGGAGGGGGUAUUGCAGUUCCAGUGCAGCCCUGUGCAGUAUGAGAAUCUCUCCCCGGCAGCUCACAGCGACGGCGACAGCGCCCCCUUCGGCGCGGAGGCUGCAGGGCAGGUUCAUGAUCCGAUGCAGUACGGGAAUCUCUCUCUCCCGGCAGCCCAGAGCGACAGCGCCCCCCGUGGCGUGGAGGAGCCACUGCAGAAAUUCAAAGCACAGCUCAGUGGAAUUCAGACCAGGCUGACCACUCAGUUCCGCGUGGUCGUGUAUUAUCGGGGUCUCAAAGUUCACGAGGAGCUGGUGACCAAUGAGAAUGGGUUCCGUGUUCACGCCACGGGGGCGGAGCCUGUGAUGUCACACCUGCAGGGGGUGUGUCUCCCUGACCCCUCCCCCUUGUUUGAUAAGCGCCAGGCUGACUUGACCAGAGUGAUCCUGGGCAAACUGGGAGGAGGGCUGGCUGUGGAGGUACGUGACAGCUCCAUACUGGGAGCGAGACUGGGAGACACCAGGGCUUACUGGAGCUGCUCCCAGUUUGACCAGUCCCGGACUCCCAGAGAAGUACCGAAAAUAGAGACGGAGAUCUACAACACCAACCAGUUUAUAAAAGAUCUCAUCUCUUUCAUUGAGAAUCGCAGUGGCUCUCCUCAGUUCUGUCUCUGGUUCUGUGUGGGUGAGAAGUGGCCCGACCCAGAAAACAGACCCUGGGAAAAGAAACUGAUCAUGAUAGAGGUGACCCCGAUCAGUCUGGAGAUCCUGAAAACUCUAGCAGUGUGUGGAGGAGCCUCGUCUCUGCAGAGCGAAGACGUGGAGCUGCAAAUAUCAACAGAGAUGAGCAGCAUGCUGUCACUGCUGUACGAGAGCAUGGACACAAACUAGAGGAGAGGAGAGAGGAGAGGAGGAGAGAGAGAGGAGAGAGAGAGGAGGAGAGAAGAGAGGAGGAGAGAGGAGAGG